CCUUCUGUGGCGUGGAAACUGGCAGUGGCUGCGGCCGCAGCGUCGCGGAGCGCAGCCUCCUGCCUUUCCUCCUCGCUCGGGUCUCGGCGCUGAGAGGCGGCGGCCGGCGGGAUGGACAAAAGUAGGAUGAACCUGCCCAAGGGGCCGGACACGCUCUGCUUCGACAAGGACGAGUUCAUGAAGGAAGAUUUCGAUGUCGAUCAUUUUGUGUCUGACUGUAGGAAGCGUGUCCAGCUGGAGGAACUGAGAGGAGAUCUGGAACUCUACUAUAAACUUCUUAAAACAGCCAUGGUUGAGCUCAUCAACAAGGAUUAUGCAGAUUUUGUCAACCUUUCCACAAACUUGGUCGGCAUGGACAAAGCCCUCAAUCAGCUUUCUGUGCCUUUGGGACAGUUACGGGAAGAAGUUCUGAGUCUCAGGUCAUCUGUCAGUGAAGGAAUUCGGGCAGUAGAUGAACGAAUGUGUAAACAAGAGGACAUAAGGAAGAAAAAGAUGUGUGUGUUGAGGCUUAUACAAGUUAUUCGAUCAGUUGAAAAAAUUGAAAAAAUCUUAAAUUCUCAAAGUUCUAAAGAAACCUCUGCAUUAGAAGCAAGCAGCCCACUUUGGACUGGACAGAUUUUGGAGAGAAUUGCCACAGAAUUUAACCAGUUACAGUUUCAUGCUGUUCAGAGCAAAGGCAUGCCUCUUCUGGACAAAGUAAGACCGCGUAUAGCUGGCAUUACGGCCAUGUUACAGCAGAGCCUGGAAGGCCUGCUGUUAGAAGGUCUUCAGACUUCCAAUGUUGAUAUAAUACGGCACUGCUUACGGACCUACGCCACAAUUGACAAGACACGGGACGCAGAGGCAUUAGUUGGUCAAGUACUGGUGAAACCAUACAUGGAUGAGGUGAUUGUAGAGCACAUCGUCGAGUCUCAUCCGAACGGCCUUCAGAGCAUGUAUGAUAAGCUCCUGGAGUUUGUUCCUCACCACUGCCGCCUUCUUCGAGAAGUCACGGGAGGGACCAUCUCAAGUGAAAAAGGCAAUACUGUUCCUGGAUAUGAUUUUUUGGUGAACUCUGUCUGGCCAGAGAUAGUACGAGGAUUAGAAGAAAAAUUGCCUUCUCUUUUUAAUCCUGGGAAUCCUGAUGCAUUUCACGAGAAAUACACCAUAAGUAUGGAUUUUGUGAGAGCAUUUGAACGGCAAUGUGGAUCACAGGCCAGUGUGAGAAGAUUAAGAGCACAUCCUGCCUAUCACAGCUUCAAUAAUAAGUGGAAUUUACCUGUUUAUUUUCAAAUAAGAUUCAGAGAAAUCGCAGGAUCCUUAGAAGCAGCACUUACAGAUGUACUGGAGGAUGCUCCAGCUGGCAGUUCGUUUUGCCUCUUGGCUUCUCACAGGACGUGGGGCAGCCUGCAGAGGUGCUGGUCAGACGAGAUGUUCUCGCCGGUGCUGGUGCAUCGUCUGUGGAGGCUCACGCUGCAGGUCCUGGCUCGGUACUCCGUGUUCGUCGGCGAGCUUUUACUCAGGCCCAUCUCUAAUGAAAGUGCCAAGGAUAUUAAAAAGCCUUUGGUAACUGGUAGCAAAGACCCUUCAGUUACCCAAGGAAAUGGUGAAGACCAAGGAAGUGCCCCUUCGGAAACAAAGCCUGUGGUCUCCAUUUCCAGUACGCAACUUGUAUAUGUGGUCGCAGACCUGGACAAGCUUCAGGAGCAGCUUCCAGAACUCUUGGAAACAAUCAAGCCAAAACUUGAAAUGAUUGGCUUUAAGAAUUUUUCUUCUGUCUCAGCAGCCCUGGAGGACUCCCAGACGUCUCUGGCAGCCUGUGUUCCUGCUUUGAGUAACAGGAUCAUCCAAGACUUAAGUGAGUCUUGCUUCAGUUACCUGAAAAGUGCCCUGGAGGUCCCUAGGCUUUACCGAAGAACCAAUAAGGAAGUGCCAACAACAGCCUCCUCUUAUGUGGACAGUGCUCUGAAGCCAUUUUACCAACUUCAGAGUGGGCACAAGGAUAAGCUCAAACCGGCAAUAAUUCAGCAGUGGCUAGAAGGCGCACUUUCUGAGAGCACUCAUAAGUAUUACGAAACCGUGUCAGACGUUCUGAGCUCGGUGAGGAAAAUGGAGGAGAGCCUGAAAAGGCUGAAGCAAGCCAGGAAAAGCAGUCCUGCCAACCCCGUCGGUCCCAGUGGCGGCGGCAUGAGCGAUGAUGACAAAAUCAGGCUGCAGUUGGCCUUGGAUGUGGAGUACUUGGGAGAGCAGAUACAAAAGAUGGGCCUGGCAACAAAGGACAUAAAGAGCUUCCCUGCCCUCGCAGAGCUGGUCGCCGCCGCCAAGGACCAGGCAACAGCAGAACAGCCCUGAGCAUCUUGGAAGAGCCCGCGGCGGGGAGGAGAGUUGGACGUCGAGCCCGAGGGGAAGAAAGUGGCUCUGUCCUCUUUCCAAGUCUCCGUGUUCCAGAAGUGCUUCCGCCGUGUCUCCAGCAACACGCCAAUGCAGUUUCUCUCUGCCCACUUGGGUCCCCUGUCACCCAGAACAGAACACAGAAGCCUUUUUCCGUUGUACGGAAGAUCGUUUUUAAGACACUUGAAACUUUCUACUAUAGUUUACAGAGCAAAUUAUUUUAUUUUUAUUGUAAAUCUUAGCGUGGAAGAGCCGGUUUCUACAAUAUGAUGAGAGUAAAUAGAGAUGUGUGGCUACGGAAAGUAGGCCCCCCUGGCCCCACAGUGGGAAGCGCGCGCCCGCAGGGGUGACCACGCCAGAGGGCUCGCCUUCCCCUACCGGGGCCGUGGCCAUGACCGUGCGCAGGGGACGCUCUGAGAGAGGCGGGGGCGGGGGGGUGCUCCUCCGUUCUCCCACUGGGUGUUCAGCGAGAGUGCUUCUGGUCACAGCAUCGCUCCCGGCGGAGCUGGAACCAGGAGGCAAGACGUAUUUCCCGAAUAAAAGACGUGUCUGCCAAAA